CUCAGACACAAUAAAAGGCAGAGGCGGCGAACAGAGUUCGGAUUUACGCUUCUUCAUACAGGCACCGAGAGGACUCCAAGCCCCCCGUGCAGCCACAAGUCCUUCAACGUGACGCGCUGCGCCAUCGCAGUCAACCGCCAGAAGGACCAUGGACGGAAACGUGGAUAUGAGGUCGGAGUUAGAGGAGAUGCAGCGAUGUGCUGAUCAGGUCACUGAUGAGUCCCUGGAGAGCACUCGCCGUAUGCUACAGCUGGUGGAGGAGAGCAAAGAUGCGGGGAUCAGGACUUUGGUCAUGCUGGACGAGCAAGGAGAACAACUUGAUCGUGUUGAGGAGGGCAUGGACCAGAUCAACCAGGACAUGAAGGAGGCAGAGAAAAAUUUAUCAGACAUGGCAAAAUGCUGUGGCCUUUGCGUUUGCCCCUGCGCCAAGUUGAAGAACUUUGAGGCUGGAGGAGCCUACAAGAAGGUGUGGGGCAAUAACCAGGACGGUGUGGUGGCCAGCCAGCCGGCUCGAGUGAUGGACGACCGGGAGCAGAUGGCCAUGAGUGGUGGAUACAUCCGCAGAGUCACAGAUGACGCUCGGGAAAACGAGAUGGAGGAGAACCUGGAUCAGGUGGGCAGCAUCAUUGGUAACCUACGACACAUGGCACUUGACAUGGGCAACGAGAUCAGCUCCCAGAAUGCUCAGAUUGACAGGAUUGUCACCAAGGGUGACAUGAACAAAGCUCGUAUUGAUGAGGCCAACAAACAUGCCAACAAGAUGUUGGAGAGUGGCUGAAAGGAAAGAGGAACCAGCCACACUGCCAAAUUCACCUAUCAUCCAUUGCAGCAUCUACGAGGCCCAGGAGGGGCAAGUCCCUGUGCAGUGAGAGGUUCAACAUCUCUGUACAUUAUAAUUUAUUUUGUAAUUUCUCAGUGUAGCCAGAUGUUCCAGUUGUGGAAGUGUAUUUUUUUAAGUGUGGAUUUGUAUUAUUGCCUGUUGAAAGAGUAAACUGUGUAUUUAGUUUUUUAAUCUUUGUACUUGUCUGCAGUUUCCCUGUUUGAGUCUUUCUAUGUAAUAUUAUAAUAUAAAGUGUUCAUAGUCAAAUGAAAUGUGAGCUCUCUGUGUGUAUGGUUGAAUCUCAAUAAACACAAGCUAGGUCCAGCAUCCCUCUCUAACCAGAGGGGUUCAGUCUCAGACUUUCAGAUCCGAGACCAGUCUCCAGGUUGGAGGAGCAACACCUUGUAUUCUACCUGGGUACCCACCAGCCUGAUGGCAUGAACAUCGAUUUCUCCAACUUCUGGUAAUUUCUCAACCCCUUCUCCUUUUUUCCAUUCCCCAUUCUGACUCACCUCUUACCCCUUCUCACCUGCCCAUCACCUCCCUUUGUUGCCUCUCCUCAUUCCCUGUCUCCCAUUGUCCACUGUUUCCUAUUAGAUUACUUUCUUGGCAGAGCAGACUCAAUGAGCCACAUGGCCAAAUUCUGCUGCUAUAUUUUACUGUCUUUUUCAGCCCUUUAUCUUAGUACCUGUCACGUCCCAGCUUCUCACUUCAUCCCCACACACCUCUCAGCUUGUACCCCCUCCUCCACACACCUUAUUCCUCUCUCUUCCCCCUUCCUUUCCAGUCCUGAGGAAGGGUCUUGGCCCAAAACCUCGACUGUUUGUUUUUCACCAUAGAUGCUGCCAGUCCUGCUGACUUCCUUCAGCAUUUUGUGUGUGUUGAAUGUCAGAUUUUGCCACUUUUAUAAUCUAUUAACCAAAUAAGUCAUGGACCUGUACUCGGGCUGGUUGGGGAUGGGAUGUAGCUUUCCUACCAUCACAACUCUGCAAAACUAUCUCGGUAACUGGGGUACCUCUCGCUCAAUCUGCUGGUAUUUAUCCAAUUAAAACAAUGACGGAGAAUGGUGAAAUAGUUUCAAUGCAGGAUCAGGCCAUUUUGCUUAUUGAGUGUCCAUGCCUUCUCCCUGAUGUCAAGCGACCAGUCAUUCCAAUUCCACUUCUCGUUCCGACACUGACAUUCCUUUCCAUCAGGGCCAAACAAAAGUAGAGCAGUGCUCCCCAACCGUGUGGACCAAUGCCAUCAAAUAAGGUUGGGAAGCCCUGUGUUAGUGGGACUGCCUGGGUAGUCUCCAGCCUGGGUGCAUAGAUGUAGAAUUCUUAAAUUUCUGUUAAGUGCUCACUCUAUUUUCUUCUCUCUCCUCUUGAUCCACCAGUCCUCCUCCUCCGACCCUAACCAUUACCUUUUCACUUUCCCCUCCUCCACCCUCUCCAAUUGCCCAUCACCCACACACUGUUCAAACCGGUUCCCUUCCCCAACUCCUUCCUGUUAUUUCAUUUUCCUAUCAGAUUCCGUCAUCUUCAACCCUGCCUUAUCGCCACCCGUCACCUCCCAGUGUCUCACAC